AGUGGUUGCGAAGUUGCGAGGAACUGUCGCGAGAAGCGACUGGAUCGAUACAUUUAUGCCGAUCAGGAUCCGUCAGAAUUCUGGUGGGAGGACUCUGGCAUUCGCAUGCGAGACAAGGCCCCCAAGGGGUCGUGGACGGGUUACUUUCUGCGGGUUACCACGCAUCGUUGGUUUAACAGGACCUUUUCGGACCGUGAUCACUGGUGGCAUUGGCUGACGGUGAUUGCGCCUGACGACAUGCACAAUGCGCACAAAGGGCUCGUGCUGUUUGUCAUCGGGUCGGGGUGGUCGCGACGGCACUACCAUGACGUGCCUGAUAAGGACGAAAUGUUCACUGUUGCCUUUGCCCCCCUGGUAGUGGAGAUGGGGAUUCUGGGAGCAGUGCUCCAUGAGCAGCCAAUGGAGCCAAUCUCAUUCUAUGUGGGGCCUAACGGGCCGGGCAAGUUUGGUCCGCUGAUAGAAGACGAGCUCAUGGCGUUCUGCUUUGCCAUGGCAUUGGCGCAUCCGGAGCACCUAGAGUGGCACCUUGCUGCACCCAUGGCCAAGUCCAUCGUGAGGGGAAUGGAUGCGCUGCAGCUCGCCUCCAGAGAGAUCCUCCCCCACCUCCCGGUGGAAAGCUUUGUGGUCAUGGGAGCGAGCAAGAGAGGACUGAUGGCAUGGCUGACGGCAGCUAUGGAUAAGAGGGUGGUGGGCAUGGUGGCGUAUGGCUUUGACCUGCUUGACUUUGGGCGCAACUUUCAGCACCUGCACGACUCCUUAGGCGCGUGGCCGGUCAUCCUCAAGUUCUACGCCAUCUUCAACGUCACCUCCCAGCUGCAGUCGCCCCAGUUCCAACGGCUUGUUGAGGACACGGACCCAUACUACUACAGGGAGCGCCUCACCAUGCCCAAGCUGCUCCUCUGUGCAUCUAACGACGAAGUGCUGGCACUGGAUGACACGUACAUCUGGUGGAACGACAUGCCGGAGCCAAAGCUGCUCAAGAUAAUGGCCAACUCGGAGCACAUGCAUCUCCACAUCAACCAAUGGGCCAACCAAGUAACACUCUCCUUCCUCGCCUCUCUUCUGCACGUCAACUCCUCCUGCGCCUCUCUCCCCACCUCCUCCCGCCCCUCCCUCACCUGGACGCGCCCCACCAACGCCCCCACCUACUUCCCCCCUGGCCCCAAGCACUUUGACAGAGUGGAGGGCACAGGCUUGUUUGCGCGGGAGGAACAGACAGCUGUAGAGGCUCAGGCAGGACGAGGGGGGAUGGAGGGAAUAGACGGAGGCGCGCUGACCAAUCAGGAGCAGCCGGCGCAUCCCUGGGCCUGUAUAGGAAGCCAUUGGAGGUUAGAGCAUGGUGAGAAGGAGGGGAGGGGGGUGUUUAAGGAAGUGGAGGAGGGAACAGGGGAGGGCGUUGGGGAGGAAGGGGGGAGAGGGAGGGAGGGGAAGGGGAAUGGGGAGAGGGAGAGUGAGGGGAAAGGGGAGGUGGGGGGAGAGGGAGGGAGGGGAGGAGGUAGGAGGGGAGAAAAGGGAAAGGGAGAAUGGGUGUUUGUAUGGCUGCUGAAAGAGCAGGCUCUUGUUCAGCGCUCUGUAUGUUUCAUGGGAGCGCAUGUUUCUCAACUGCUUUCUCAUUUUGGACCGGCCGAACUGCCAGCGCACGGCGAGACUUCCGCUUCGUGGUACGGCGAGGCUCCAAGGGGUGGUGAGUGGUGCAAGGGGGUGGUGAGUGAGUGGUGCAAAGGGGUGGUGAGAGGUUCAAGGGGUGGUGAGUGGUGUACAGAGUGCAUGGCGCCAAUGUCAACAGUUCCAGGGACGUGUGCGGGCAAGCUUUACCUGUGUGUGCGGGCCACGCCCUUCUUUCUCCGCAUCUGCUGA